CGCAGGCGCAGAUAGUUGGUAUCGGCCUUCCCUUUCCUUUUCCCACGUGUGUCGGUAAAAGCUGCUGCCGAGCACGGAGGGCCCGCGGAAGAGGUAAUUGGGAGACGUGGUGACCCCUGAAAUAAGGUGAUCAUGGACUCAAAGAAUAAAAAGCAGUUCAAGGGACAGCAGAAACCUCAAAGGAAAAUGGCAAACGGUGGCAAACCUAAGAACUUAAAAGCUUCACCUGGUUCUCAAAAAUAUCAUGGCAAGAACACAGACCAGAGUCCCAAAGGGAAUGUCAGACCCAACAGAUUUGAGAAAGGCAAAAAAGCCCCUGACAGGGCUGGAGGCAAAGCAGGAGUAAAGCAUUUCUCCAAAAAUACAAAACAAGGAGAUGGCUUCACAAUGAAGAGAAAACGCCAGACAGAUAGCCAAGAAGGAGGUUCAGAAGCCAAGAAACCAAAGUGGGACGAUUUCAAAAAGAAAAAGAAGGAGCUGAAGCAAACUCGGCAGUUGAACGACAAGAACAAUUAUGAUGUAAUGACAAAAUCCAAACAAAUAUGGGAAUCCAUAAGAAGAAAGGACUGUGAUGCAACAAAGCGAUCCAAACUAAUGAAUGACCUGGAAAAGCUGCUGAAGGGCAACGUGAAAAGUGUUGCUUUUGCUCAUGACACAACUCGGGUUAUCCAAUGUUAUAUAAAGCAUGCAAAUGAAAAAAGAAGACACGAGGUCUUUGAGGAACUCAAAGAGCAUGUUGUAGACUUGAGCAAGUCUAAGUAUGCCAGAAAUAUUGUAAGGAAAUUUCUCAUGUACGGGUCAAAGCAGCAAGUAGCUGAAAUAAUUAAAAGCUUUAAAGGACAGGUGAAAAAACUGUUGCGUCAUUCCGAGGCAUCUUACAUUGUGGAAUAUGCAUACAAUCACAAAGCCAUUCUGGAACAGAGGAACAUGCUGUGUGAGGAACUGUAUGGGAACACAUUCCGCUUCUUCAAGUCAGCUGUUCACCCAUCCUUGGGGGAAGUUUUGGAAGCUCAACCCGAAAAGAAGGAAUCCAUCUUGGAGGAAAUGAAGCAGAUACUUAUACCCCUGGCCCAAAAAGAAGCUGUCAUUAAACAUUCACUGGUGCAUAAAGUAUUCCUGGACUUUUUUAAUCAUGCAACUCCAAAAAUCAGAUCUGAAAUGAUUGAAGCCAUCAGAGAGUCUGUGAUCUACAUGAUCCAUACACAUGAUGGAGCCAGAGUCGGCAUGCACUGUGCAUGGCACGGCACCGCUAAGGACAGGAAGGUUUUUUCAAAAACCAUGAAAAGUUUUGUUGAAAAGAUUGCCACAGGGGAGUUUUCACAUUUGGUCCUGCUCGCAAUGUUUGACUCCAUUGAUGACACCAAACUUGUUAAGCAAAUCAUCAUUUCUGAGCUUAUCAGCUGUAUGUCCAACUUGUUAAACAACAAAUAUGGAAGGAAGGUAGUGUUGUAUUUGUUGAGCUGGAGAAGUCCUGCGCAUUUCCUGCCUGAGAUCGUCGAGGUGCUCAAACAAGGUGACGAAAACGUGCACAGCAAGAAGAAUAGCUCAGUGAGACAGCGUGAGCUGCUGGACGCCGUUUCUCAACCUCUGCUGAAACACCUGGAGGAGAACAUCAGAGACCUGGUAUUGCAGAACGCAAUGUGUGCUGUGAUCACAAGUGCUUUGCUGCAUGCAACUGAGGAUCCACAGCCCAUCAUGUCUGCCAUAGCUAGUAUGGCGGCUGAAAACUUUGUUCCUGGUGGCAAGGACGGAGAGCUUCACAUUGCGGAACACCCUGCGGGUCACCUGGUGCUGAAGUGGCUGGUAAAGCAAGACAAAGACAUGAAAGAAAAUGGUAAAGAAGGCUGUUUUGCUAGGACGUUGGUGGAACAUGUAGGAAUAAAAAACCUCAGCGAUUGGGCGCAAGUGAACAGGGGGGCCAUUGUCUUGUGCUGCCUUCUUGAGAGCUCAGAUGAAGAGAUUGCUGCCAAAGUAAAAAAUGGACUCAAGGAACUGGUCUCAAAACCUAAAGACAACACGAAUACAAAAGCAAUUGAAGCUUUAAUUAAAAUGUUAAAUUCUCCCUAGUAACGUUCUUAUGUUUGGUUAAAUAAUUAUACAUCCAAAAGAAAAAAAAGUUUAGUUGUCAGAGGGUUAUACAAAACGAUGCUUGGAAUCCCUCUCUGGCAACCAGAGGGUUAUCCUUUCUCUUGGUAAGGAGAUGGACUGUAUUAAUGUUUUAUAUUUAUAAAUAAAACUCCUACCAACUUUGA